AUGACAACCCAUCUACUGCUCGCAGACUUGCAGAAAGGCUUGAAGAACGACGACCGAGAUGCGUUCCCGUUCCUAAUUAACAUCAAUGGUAUCGAGGAACAUUUAAGAUUUACCCGCAUACCUUUCGGAGUGGAGCCGAGUCCGUUUAUGCUCGGCGCCACGCUACAACACCACUUCGAUCUACACCGAGAAGAGUACGGAAACACGGUCGAGUCCUUGAAAGAGAACACUUACGUUGACAACCUAAUGAAAACCUGGAGCGAUGUCACGGAACUGGAAAACUUCAAACGGGAAGCGAAGAUAAUUUGGGAAGAUGCGAGAUUUCCAGUUCACAGAUGGAGGUCAAAUGUCGAAGAGUUGGACAACGAAGCGAAUCCCAGCAAAAUACUCGGGCACAAAUGA